AUGGCUCACACCCAAAAGAAGGAGAUCAAACGCCUAGAGCGUGCGCGAGAGAAGGCCGAGCAGGAGAUUCACGAGGCUCUUGCUCGUAAAGAUGCAGAAGCUCAGGAACGUGCCAUGAAGGAAUUUGAGAUGCUACAAGCAGGUUUGAACCCUGCGUUGUCUUCAAUAACCGCGGCGCCAUCGUCUUCAUCUUCGACACGUGAAAAUGAGGCCGAUUCUGGGUCUAUCACGGCAAAGGUUGGCUCGAAAAGGAAGUUUGUCUUGGAUCAAGAAGAGCUGGAGAGAAUAGCGGAGGGUGAUCGCAACAAAGCCAAGAAGUCAAUUGAACCAUAA